UUCGCCUUUUUUGCUUCCUCGUUCUUGGGGAUGACCUCUCUCCUCCAAUUCCUCGAAGUGGAAUGGCCCUUCUUGCUCUGCAUCCUCGAGGUCGGCCUCUGCGUCGCCGCUGCCAUCGCCGUCGUCGUCAAAUUCGAAGCUCGGCCCUCCACGAAGCGGAUCGAUAGUAGCGGGAAUGGCGGCGACGCGGCGGCGCUCGCAUCGAUCCAGCUCUUCCGCUGCUCCUCCGGCGUCCUCCACCCGGCCUGGCUCGCCGGGAUCCGGGCAAUCUCUUUCAUCUACUUGCUUAGCAUUUGGAUUAUCAGCUUCGUCGCCAGCGGCCCAUUGUCGCUCGUCUUUUACACUCAAUGGACUUUCACAUUGCUCGUGAUCUACUUCGGGCUAGCCAGUUAUAUAAGCAUCACCAAGCUCGUUUCCGGCGCCGCCAAGGAAAAGAAGAUAGUUCUGGUCGACGAGAGCUUGGGCGACGAGGAAACUGGGAACUUCAUCGAGCAGGAAAGCAUUGCUGACACUACCGAGGACGAAACGGAUGCUUCGGCUGGAUUCAUCGGCUACGCAACGCUUGUUAUCUUCCAGACGGCUACCGCGGCAUCGGUUUUGACUGACACUGUCUACUGGUUCAUCCUCGUCCCGUAUGUUCUAGCCAGUCCUUUCUUCGACUUAAACUUCGUAAAUCUCAACAUGCAUGGCGUCAACGCGAUCUUUUUGCUCGCGGAGCUCUUCCUCAAUGACUUGCCUUUUCCAUGGUUCCGGGGCGCUUAUUUCGUGUUUUGGACCGCUGCAUACGUUGUUUUUCAAUGGUUCAUCCACGGGACAAGGCUCCUAACAUGGUGGCCAUAUCCUUUUCUCGAGGUCUCAACGCAUUAUGCUCCGGCGUGGUACUUUGGCCUCGCCUUCGCCCAUUUGAUUUGCUUCCUCAUUUGUUUAGCACUGGCAAGAACCAAACAGCCAGUGAUCAGCUAUUUUGUCAGCAGGAGUGCUCGUCAGAAGUAACAGCCGCGGCUGCCUCGUCGUAAGGGACAAACCCCUGGAGCUCCGGACCAUUGAGACGGGGAUUGUUAUCAAAGCUGCGCAAGGAAGAGACAAACAAAAUUCUAUGAGCUACUUUCAAAGAAAAACAAAACUCUUCUUGUACCUCUUUGGUGAGAACUGAGCGAAUGAUCCGGAGGUCGGGAUUGUGCCACACAAAUCGUUGUCAGAGAGAUCCCUGUAGAGAUUAAGAAAGAGAGGUUGCUCCAAAACUGCAAACAUCGGAGCUUU